AUGGAGAGAGCAACAAUUUCCCCGAGCCUUAAUCAAAACCAGUUUCUCUGUCCUUCACGCGCCUUCACCACGCGCCUCCACUCAUUCUCCUCUACUCGGAACUUAUCGCCGUCGUCUUCCUCCAUCAAGCUUCAGCAUUCUUCUUCGUCCUCUGUAUCUUCCAGCUUCAUCAAUGGCGGAAUCUCCCUUACUCGAUGCAACGCUGUUUUAUCCAAUUCUUCUUCCAGUACGGAUAUGACUGAAUUAGCCGACAUAGAUUGGGACAACAUCGGAUUCGGGCUUAAGCAGACUGAUUACAUGUACGUGAUGAAGUGUGACCUUGAUGGAGAAUUCUCAAAUGGUGAAUUGCAACGUUUUGGGAACAUUGAAGUCAGCCCAUCUGCUGGUGUACUCAACUAUGGACAGGUGAUGGAUUCGAUAGUAUGUAAGGAUUUUAGCAGAUUCUUGACACUGAAACGCAAUCUGCUAGUGCUGUCCGAUUUUGGAUUGUUCGAAGGGAUGAAAGCGUACAGAAAGCAAGACGGUAAGAACAUCCUCCUCUUUCGUCCCGAGGAGAAUGCAACCCGUAUGAGAAAUGGUGCCGAGAGGAUGUGUAUGCCUGCUCCAACCAUUGAGCAGUUUGUCGAAGCUGUGAAAGCAACUGUACUAGCAAACAAACGUUGGAUUCCACCUCCAGGUAAAGGUUCCUUAUACAUUAGACCGUUGCUAAUGGGAACUGGAGCUGUUCUUGGUCUUGCGCCUGCACCAGAAUACACUUUCCUUGUCUAUGUUUCUCCUGUUGGGAACUACUUCAAGGAAGGUGUGGCACCAAUCAAUUUGAUUGUGGAAAAUGAGUUUCACCGUGCAACACCUGGUGGUACCGGAGGUGUUAAAACCAUUGGCAACUAUGCUGCAGUAUUAAAAGCACAGUCGAUUGCAAAAGCUAAAGGAUAUUCCGAUGUUUUGUACCUUGAUUGCGUUUACAAAAGAUUUCUUGAGGAGGUCUCCUCCUGCAAUAUCUUCAUUAUAAAGGACAAUGUGAUCUCUACUCCUGAAAUAAAAGGAACCAUCUUACCCGGAAUUACAAGGAAAAGUAUAAUCGACGUGGCUCGAACCCAAGGGCUUCAGGUGGAGGAACGGAAUGUGACUGUGGACGAGUUACUGGAAGCAGACGAGGUUUUCUGCACAGGAACCGCUGUUGUUGUCUCUCCCGUUGGAAGCAUUACUUACAAAGACAAAAGAGUAUCUUACGGAGAAGGUAGCUUUGGACCAGUCUCGGAGAAACUCUACACCGUUUUGACAAGCUUGCAGAUGGGUCUGAGUGAAGACAACAUGAACUGGACUGUGAAUCUGAGUUAA